CUGGAUUCUCCGGGAUUCUGCUGGAUUCUGCAGAGGUCCUUCCGUCGACGAAUCCAGCGGCGGCCGGUCAGCUUGUUUCGAAGGCUGGCUUGGAAAGAUCAAUGACGAAAAACAAGCGACGGCUGAUGAGAGGCGAUGAAGAGCAACAACGCCCUUACAAAAGAGCAACUAGACCAACAGGAGCCUUGAGUGAACUCAGUGAGCAAGUGGUUUCAAGAUUGCGGAGGAGUGUUGUGUCGCUCGCUUCAUUUGAUGGUGACACCAAGUUACGCGAAUGCACAGGCAUAUGCAUUGAAACCUCGUGUUCAGAUUCCGAAGCUACAAUCCUGACAUCGAGACGGUUGGUUCCACCUACUUGGCCUGCAAGUUUGACGAUUAAAGUACGCCUUCCAAAUGAUCAGAUUGUCACUGGGUGGAUUGAGGAUCCUGGGAUAUAUGUUGAUUUUUUCAUUGUCAACAUCAAGGAGGUGUCUAGAGUUGAUGCCACAAGUCUUGACCGUGACAUACAGUUUGAGCCUCAUACGAAGGCAGCAGCUGUAUGCCGCUGUUUCAGUUCUGGAUUUUUAACAGUCACAAGCGGACUAAAUCUUGCUUCCCCAACCAGUGAGACAAUCGUAAGCACGUGCUGGAUCCACAAGGCGGGAAUUGGAGGUCCCCUUGUUGACUUUGAUGGGAACUUUGUUGGGAUGAACUCCUCCCGUACCAAAAUGGAGAAGACUGCCUACGUGCGAAGGAAGCAAAUUCUUCGAUUCUUGGUGUUUCACAGGAUGGUCAGUGUUAAGGAAGGGGUUGAUGAUGCUACACAAGCAAGAAUCAACAGUGAGAUGAAAGCAAUUAGGCCAAGUUUGGACGCUACCUCCAUAGCGAGAUUGAGUGAAUCCAGAAAAGGUGCCUUGAGUGAGCAGGUACUUGCCAGAUUAAGUAAGAGUGUUGCAGCGCUGGCCUCAUUCCAUGGUGAUACCAAGUUACGCGAAUGCACUGGCAUAUGCAUUGAAAGCUCAUGUCCUGGUGUUACAAGUUUCCUCACAUCAAUAAAUUUGAUUCCACUUACUUGGCGUGCAAGCAAGAUCACUAAAAAUUUGAAGAUUAAAGUACGCCUUCUGAAUGAUGAGACUGUCACUGGGUGGAUAGCGGAUCCUGAGAUAUAUGUUGAUUUUUUCAUUGUCAACGUCGCUGGUGUUAAUGCCACACAUGUCAGUCUUGACCGUGACAUACAGUUUGAGCCUUAUAGGAAGGUAGCAGCUGUAUGUCGCAAUUUCAAUUCAGGACUAUUAAUGGACACAAGCGGAGUAGAUCUUGCCUCUCCAAGUGCUCUACCUGAUCAGACAAUGUUCAGCACAUGCCAGAUCGACAAGGUGGGGAUUGGAGGCCCCCUUGUUGAUUUUGAUGGCAACUUCGUUGGGAUGAACUGCUCCUGUACCAAAGAAAGAAAGACCCCCUAUGUACGAAGGGCUGCAAUUCUUCGAUUCUUGGGGGUUAACGGGAUGGUCAGUGUUAAGGACGUGGUUGAUGAUGCUACAAGAGCAUUCCUCAAAACAAUGGCGGAGCACCAUGUUACAAUAUUCGAGGAGAUUGAAGUUUGCCUUCCAAAUAAAUUUCGAGUUGUAGGGAUAUUGAAGGGUUACAAUUUACAUUAUAACGUUGCUCUUGUUGACAUUACUGGAUGCUGGGAUCCUCAUGCAAUACAAAUCAGUGGGCGUCCAGUUACCUCAUCUAUGGACGUAAUAGCUGUAGGUUGUCUUUUUGCGUAUCGCAAACUAAUGGCUGUCGAGGGUAAGGUGUUGAUUGGCAAACAAAGCAAGUUCGAUUGUACAGAACUUUGUGUGUCCACCUGUAAAAUCACCAAGGCUGGGAUCGGGGGCCCUCUUAUUGACACAGAUGGGAAUUUUGUUGGAAUGGACUUUUAUGAUGAGGAAGAAACUCCGUUCCUGCCGAGGGAUCUUAUUUGCCGCCUCUUGUUGAACAUAAAUAAAGGAUGGGCUAGUGCAGAUGAUACUAUUAUGGAGGGUGACAAAAACAGAUGGUUGUUGCCUGGCGGGACACACAGAAAUACUGAUGGAAACAGAUGGCCGUUGCCUAAGCCACGUCUUGUUGGUGUUAGAGAUGUCUGCCUGUAGGAUCAGACCAUCAGAUUCGGCAGUACAGCCUCAAGCGGGAUUGCUUCCUUAAAAAGUGUGACCCAUUAGUUAGUUUGCAUGCGUUGCACUAAAUGCAAUCAAUUUGUUUCCUACCAACUACUAAUAAUCAGGGCAUAUCAAAUUGAUUGGGCGCAAUGCUGUGUGUUUUGCUUGUGACUUUCUUCCAUACCAUUUGUUUUCAGUCACUAUUUCGGGUCUGCAUUGUACACGUGAGCCUAUGAAGUCUUUCCA